GGGAAGAAACAUGCCAUCCUUCCCAAAGGUUAAGCCAUUGCUCAGCUGCUGAGCCUGGAAAGGACAUUGUGUGGGAAGAUACAUGUGGAAAUGAGCUGAUCUUUGCCUUAGAUGAUGAGGAAGCUCCAGCUCCAAACUCAGCUAACAGUUUUUUCUUUGAGGAAGAUGACUGCAAAGAGCCUACCUUAUGUGGAUCAUCCUCUCCUCUGUUUCUUCUUGAAUCAGAUUUCUCACCUGCACUCCCCAUUUCUCAAUUCCUGUCUCCAACUCACUCAGCAUCUCAGAGAUCAACUGGCUUGGAAAACUCACACAGUCCCAAACCCUUAAUCAAUUUGGUGAAAUCCUUCUCAACUGAAAUUGAGCCCCAGGAAGGCCCAUCUCUCAAACACCAGCCUUUGUUGAGCUUGGUCAAAUCCAUUUCCACUGAAAUUUCUCGCUUGGAGCCCGAGGUGACACUGUCCAAAUCAGACUCUAAGCUCAAUGUUCAUCUCUGGCGACAAAUCACCCAGGCCAGGAACAAAAAUGGUGAUUCCAGGACUGCUCCAUCAUCUCCCAACCAUUCUCCUUCAGAGAACAAGGGCAACUUCUUCAAGGCUCAGGAAGCCAAGUUUGAGGAUACCAAAAGGAGGUUUUCAGAAGCCAUGCAGGAGCCACUCAACAGGCUCAGCAAAAUAAUUGGGGAUGAGAAUAAUGUGUCCCCCAAGCUCCUCUUACCCCUCUCAGGGCACCAGCAAGGUUCUGAUUUCCUUUCUCAUCAUUUCAAGAGGUCUCCCAUCUUGGAGAGCAAUUUGGAACACCCCCUCCAUGAGACAGAUUGGACUGAGACCAUUUCAUCAGGGAGAGGGGAAAUGGAAGAUCGGGACUCCUCUCCACAUUGCCCCUAUGGGGAGGUCUUCCAGGAGGUUGAGACGGCUGAGAAAAACAGCAAGGCCACGGGCGAAAUGCAGACUCUCUCACCGCUUGGGGCAGUCCAGCCCCCCAAGUGCUGCAGCCCAGUGCCAUGCAAAAUUCUCACCUGGAUUGCCAUCUUGGCCUACAAUUACCUGGUCCUCCCAUUGCCUCCCUAUAUCUCCGGCCUCUGCCUUGGCUUGGCCUGUGGAUUCCUUCUUGGUCUCCUGGUUAUUUUGCUGCUGGUGCCAAAGCGUGCCCUGUCCCCACAGGAAAGGCCCCCUCCUCAGGGCAUUCUGUCCUUGCAAGUGAUACCUCAGCAGCCAUGGGACCUCCAUGUGCUCAAGGGUUGGAUGAACGAAAUGCAUUUUUAUGACCCUGAGAUUUAUCAUCCUUCUCUGACCCAUUCCGUAUUUGUGACCUUAGAAAAUUCCAACCUGACGUUAUCUUAUCCCCAAAGCAGCAUCCCUCGGCGAGCCAUCUUUGGGGAAGAGAACUUUGAGUUGGCUUUUGUGACCCACCGAUGUUAUGAUACGAGUGGAGCCAAGGUCUUCCUCUUCCCACCUGGGCUGGCUCGCAAAAGGAUGUGGAACAAAAAAUAUCCCAUAUGCAUUCUUUUCCCAGAAGACGUGGAUCUGAAGACCAAAGCUCUAGCAACAAAAGACCAGGAUGUGGACUCUCCAGGAGAGGAGAACCCAAAGAAGAAAGAAGUAUCAGGGCACUGCCCAGCUGAGGCCCAAGAAAGGACACUUUAUCUCUUUGGUAGAACGGGUAGAGAUAAGGAAGAGUGGUAUCAAUAUCUCACAAGGGCCUGCCAAGCUGAAUACCAUGAGCUACACCACACCAGCCAAGGUAUAAUCCAGCCCAUUCCUGCAGGAAAGGAGACCCAUAAUCACAGCAGCAGCAGCAGCACAGAAGAUCUGCUCCCUGCUCCUAAGACCAAGGAGCUGAGCAUCAACGACCAAGAAAAACUAUUAUUGGAUUACAAUGUGUACAUGUCCCAAAUAAUUCCAGCAGUUACUGACUCCGACCCAAAGUCCUGCCCCAAUAGAGCAGACAGCCCUGGUUCCAAAAAGUUCCCUGGGGAUGAAAAUCUGACCUCCAACCCCCCUAUAGUUUGGGUCAACGCAAUGCUUGGCCGAAUGUUUUGGGACUUCCUAAGGGAAAAAUAUUGGGCAGAUCAAGUUUCAGAUAAAAUUCAGAAGAAACUAGGCAGAAUCAAGUUGCCAUAUUUCAUGAAUGAGCUCACUCUGACUGAUCUGGAGAUGGGGACCUCCAUCCCACACAUACUUGGCACUUCUAGCCCCACAGUGGAUAACCGAGGCCUUUGGGUGGAUAUGGAAGUGACCUAUCAAGGAACCCUGAAGAUGACCCUGGAGACCAAGAUGAACUUGUAUAAACUAGGCAAAGAAGACCUGGAGGAGGAAAACAGAAAAGCAGAUAAGGACAGAAAAGGCAUGAAACCCCGUGUAGACCUGUUGGCUGAGAGUGAUGCGGAGUCCUCCAGUGCCGGUUCUUCUGAGGAGGAAGACAUGCCCAUUGUGGAGCUCUCGGGGAUCCCCGGAGAAAGGAAAAUCCCUCCUGGAGUUGAAGGUUACAUCAGUGGUGGCAGCACCAGUCGGAAGAUUUUGCGUUUUGUGGACAAGAUUGCCAAGUCCAAAUAUUUCCAGAAGGCCACUGAAAAUGAAUACAUUAAGAAGAAGAUGGAAGAGGUUUCCAAUACUCCACUGCUUUUGACUGUGGAGGUCCAAGAUCUGACAGGCACAUUGGCUGUGAACAUCCCUCCACCUCCAACAGAUCGAAUCUGGUACAGCUUCCGGAUCCCUCCGCAGUUGGAUAUGAAGGUACGGCCACAGCUAGGAGAACGGGAGGUGACCUUCCCCCACAUCACUGAGUGGAUUGAGAAGAAGCUCCAGCAUGAAUUCCAGAAAAUUUUAGUGAUGCCAAAUAUGGAUGAUAUCAUCUUACCUCUGAUGCAUUCUGUUUUGGAAUCCCAGCCUCUCAUAGAAGGACCACAGGAAGAACUUCUAGCUGAGGAUGUCAAAAACAUGUGAGGUGCUGUCCUCUGGUGGUUGACCUGCUCUAGUCUCUUGAGGGAGCUAACCAGAUACCUGGUCAUAAGGGAACCUGUGCUUGAGAAUAAAGGUUCUCCUCCACGUCUCCUUGCUGGCCUCUCUUCUCUCUGGAACUGUUUUCAGAUGAAGGAGAUUUGUCUGGAUAUGGCUUGUUGAAGAAGAAGAUGCACCAGGUAGGUGACAAGCACAAAAUGUGUGGCCGAGAAAGAAAAGGCAGCAGAGAUGACAAGACCCCUGGCUACUUGGAAUUCUCUCCACGUUGCAUCUCUGCAAAUAACUUUAGUUUUAAGUAUCUAUUAAAUGGCAGAACCAUCAAUAACAUUGAACAGGAUCUUUGUGAAGGAAGAAAUAAGAGUGAAUGACCCCUUUAGCUAGUGCAAAAGGGAUUUUGGCGGUGGGGGGUGAGGGAGAUAGAAGCCAAUUGGAGUUGGGGACUCCAAGACUCAAAACUGCUCAGCAAUUUCCAUUUCAGACUUAAAGAAGGAAAGAUGCUUGACUAACAGUUUUGGAAAAAAAGGAACAAGUGAUGUUUCCUACCACACAAUCUGGACUAUUCACAGCCUCUCCAUUUCUUGGCUAUUGACAACCUGAAAGCUGGGUACUGAAGCUUUGGUUCUGAACUUACUCUGACCCCAGUAUAGGCUGAAGACUAAGAAUACGGGGCAGGGGAACCACCAACAUUCCUCAGUCUUGAUCCAAAGGUCUCAAAAGAAACAUGACCUAGUCUGAGUUUUAAAAUGUGCUUCAGUUCAGAAACUCUUGGGACCAGGAAGAAGGUGAACACUGACAGGGAACCUCUUAUCUGAGCAUUAACUCAAAGAACCAACUGCUGCUGCCAGGCGACCAGAGACCUUUUCUACCUGAGUGCAUGGAUUCUUAUCCCCAUCCUCCCGGGGGCCCUCCCGGAUUGCCUUCCAAUCUACACCCACAGCCAACUGCAGGAGACUUGAAGCUGAUCAGGAGAGGCCCAGGGCCACGGAGCAGCUCCGCCAGGCCU